AUGGAAAUGCCAAAGCCAUCGUCUACUCCCGUUGCCUCUUUCUUCUUCUCGCAUGGCUCUCCUCGCACGCUGGUCGAUGCGACCGACACGACCGCUUUCGCCCAGAAGAUCGCCGAGUAUUCGAAGCAAAACGGCAUCACUGGAAUUGUCUGGAUGUCUGCUCACUGGGAAACGCAUGGAGGAAAGCUCGAGAUCUCGUCAAGUCCCAAUCCGGGGAAGGAUCUGAUCUCAUUUGUCCCUAAGGAAGUCCUCGAGUGGUACAACAGCUACAAGAUCAACUCAAGUCCAAAGCUGGCGCAACGCUGCCAUUCUAUGCUCAGAGCCGCGGGCCUAGACGUAGAUCUCAACCCGGAGGCAAUCUGGCACCAAGACGUGAUGAUACCUAUCCGCUGGAUGUACCCCAACGAUGUGGACUGUCCGCCCAUGACAAUCAUAUCCGUGAACGGACGCUUUGAUCCAUACAUGCACUUGAAAGUUGGCCUCGCGCUUCGUCCUCUUCGCCACGAGAAGAUCCUACUCAUCGGCACCGGUGGAGGCGUGCACAACCUGUACACGGUGUCCUGGCACCGUAUGCUACUUUAUCAAGACACGCUGACUCGCACGAAGCCCGUCGACCCCGACCUUGAUGCGUUCGGUGUUGCGAUGAAGGAGUGUGCGACGCGCAAUAGCGGACCCGCCCUCGGUCGCGCGCUCACCCGCCUGCUCGCACACCCGCACUUCCUGCGCUCUAAUCCGACGCCCGAGCACUACCUGCCGAUGAUCUACGCCGCUGGAGCGUGCACUGCACGCGAGGAUGACACGGAAGAGUACCACAACAUCUUCGGCGGGGAGAACUGGGAGAUGGACACCCAACUGAACGUCAACUUCGCAUUUGGCCUGCACAAAUCGGACACUGUAUUCCGGGAGUUCAAGGUGCAGAAGCCCAACCGUGUCAGUUCCCAGGUGUUGAAAGGGAGUGUCAUCUCUGCGAAGACGCCGCCAAUGAUCGUCGCGUCGGCCUAA